GCUUGACUGUCACGCCACUUCUACUUUUGAAACACUGUUGACUGGAACAGAGCUGCAGACAUUCAAGUUGGUUUGUUGAAGACGCCAAUGGGCUCGUAACUAAUUCUAUUGUGGCCCUUGAGCCUAGGAAUGUGGCGUUCGUAUUCGGCAGCGCCUCAGGGCUCAAGUCCUGGGACCAGCUUAGCGUCGUUAGGGCCUGGCAGUGGAGUCUGGGGCCCCUCGCGCGCGUCCUUUGAGCAAUUUGGGGAUGAAGAUAGCAAUGACGGCAAGGGGCGGCAUGGAGGACACGGUGGACAUCGGGCGGGGCACUCGCGGUCGCCUUUAGGAGGCGACCAGUCAGAGAAGGACGAAGCAUACCUCAAGUGGCAGGAGAAGCACCCGUGCGUCCUCGCGCACUUUGCUUCCUUCAAAGCAGCCGUGGACGGGAAGCGCCUCGCCGUGUUCCUAGACUAUGAUGGCACGCUCACGCCCAUCGUGUCCAACCCGGACGAGGCUGUUAUGUCCGAGGAGAUGCGGGAUGUGGUGCGGUCUGUGGCGCGGGCGUUUCCCACAGCCAUCAUCAGCGGGCGGGGCCGGGAAAAGGUGGAGGCUUUCGUGCAGCUGAAGGAGCUGUUCUACGCGGGGAGCCACGGCAUGGACAUUGCAGGGCCGCGGGGUGGCACCAACGGGUGUCAAGUCAGUGGGAAUGAGUUCGUAACGGCCUUCCAGCCGGCGGCGCACUUCCGGCCAUUGAUAGACCACAUCUACACCCAGCUGCAAGAGCGGCUGAAGGAGGUGCCGGGCUCCAGCGUGGAGCACAACAACUUCUGUGUGAGCGCGCAUUUCCGCAACUGCCCGGGCGAGGCGUGGCAGGACGUGAUCUCCGCAGUUGAGGAGCUGGUGGCGCAGCACGACGACCUGCGCAUGACGCGAGGGCGGAAGGUGGUGGAGGUGCGGCCCAAGGUGGACUGGCACAAGGGCACGGCUCUGUCGCACCUGGUGGACGCACUGGGGCUGGCGCAGGAGCCGGACGUGGUUGCCAUCUACGUGGGGGACGACCACACGGACGAGGACGCCUUCCGGACACUGGAGGAGACGCGGCGAGGAUUUGGCAUUUUGGUGAGCACGCGCGCCAAGCCCACCCGCGCACGCUACACGGUCCGUGACCCCGCUUGCGUGAAGGACUUCCUGUCCGGGAUCGUGGAGUGGUCCAAAAGCGACAGCAACGGCUGGCGCGCGAAGCCUUGCUGCAACGGCUGGAGCAUGGACGGUUUGGCGGCAACAGGGGCGGGGCCGGAGGCGCCCCAGCAGCAGUAGCAGUGGCAGCCGGGCGUGCGCGGAGCUGAUGGCAGCAAGCAAGCUGCGUGUUGGGACUGAGGCGCCGUAUGGAGGUUGGGCGCGCAUGAAUGCGGCUGUGGCGACAAUUUUGGCCAUUGGGGUGGAGACGAUGUUGGGCGGUGGGGCGGCGUCUGGCCCACCAUGACUGCUCUGGUCCAGAAGUACGGUAGGCGUGAAAUUGGAUUCAGAGACUUGGGGAAUGGGGCCAUUUAAGAACAGGUGCGCGACAGCGACAUAUGUUGCAGCGAUAGUACAGUCGUACGGGCGCCUGUGUUCAAGGCUUUGAGGCGCAGAGGCCUGCACGGGGCGCGUUGGUAAGGCGGUGCCUGUCAGAUGCGUUCACAACGGCAGCACACGUGCCAGAUUGGCAUGUGCCGGCAGGUUUGCGCGUGCCAACCUAGAGCUGCAAGGGGGCCGUGAUCGGCCUUGACACACGACAUACAUCCAGAUUCAAGCUUGGGGCACGACAUGCUGUGCGGAUCCUGUAUGACUAUGUCUAUGGGUAAAUGGUGGGAACGCGGAGCUCUGAUGCAGUUGCAUGCUUGGCUGAUGCAGUAAGGGCUAUGGACCCCAGUUACGGGCUGGAGAUGGCGGUGGAGAGUCCGACGUGAUUGGUGUAACUGGAUGGACUGUGUCUCAUCGAUACGGUGGAUGGGGUGGUGAGGCAAGCUAACAGCUGGAACCCUCCGCGAGCAUGUCAACGAACGUCAAU